AUGAGUGAUCCAGCAGCUGCCGCAGCUGCCGCCGCCGUGGCGGCCGCGUCCGCAGUAGGGGCCUCCACACCUCGCAGCUCCGGCUCGCAGUGCCCGGACGAUAUGUCUACACAACCAGAUAACGGCUCUCAAUUGAAACACGAUCGGGGCACACAGUCCCCUCAUGGUAAUAUGGCCACAGCGGAGAAGGAUUCCUCGUUCUACGGUAGCCAGCCUCCGGGCACCGUUCACACACCACGUCGUCCAAGCGGGCUUUCCAGUCCCCACGGGACUCAUUUCGACGGUAGGCGACCGAACAACGGUGUCUAUGUCGCUACUUACUCCAAUGUCGAUGUUUUGGAGUACGAGGUCGACGGAAUGUCUGUUAUGCGUCGAGCUCGGGACUCCGCGUUGAACGCUACCCAGAUCCUUAAACUCGCCGGUGUUGACAAGUCAAAGCGCACUAAAAUUCUCGAUCGCGAAAUCACGGGUGAUUUCGAAAAGGUCCAAGGUGGCUACGGCAAAUACCAGGGAACAUGGGUCCCCUUCGAGCGCGGCGUGGCACUAUGCAAACAAUACUCUGUCUAUGAAACGCUGAUGCCAUUGUUGAACUUCGAAAUGUCGGCUCAUCAGCUCCAGCAAACUCCUACCAAAGAGCAGGCCCAGGCAGCCAAACGCAAUUUUGCUCAAAUGCAAGCUGCCGCCGCAGCAGCUCAACCCCCUCAUCCUGUAUUUCCUCAAUCUCACCGUUCGCCCUUGGCCAACCAUGCGAUGGAGGCUAUGAACUCGUUGAUUCCACACCACAGCGGGGAACCGCAGUCAAAGAGGAUCAACACAAACACGCCAAGCGGGCACUUGCAAUCAGAUGAGCAAUCAAUACCGCCAUCUUCUCAGCCUCUGCCCCCGUUAUACGAUAAUGAACCAAAUUUUGAACAAUCGAGAGAUAUCGUGACUGAUUUAUUCUUAAACAUGGGAGAUGAGCAAACUUUAUCUGAUCUUCUUAAAGAUCGCCCUCAACCUAUUUUGGUUGACGUCCCCAUAGACGACUCUGGCCAUACGGCGCUCCACUGGGCAGCGGCACUAGGUAGACUUGGACUGGUCCAGGACUUAAUCGCUCAUGGUGCGGAUCCUCGUCGUGGAAAUCAUGCCGGCGAGACACCUUUAAUCCGAGCAGUGCUGGUAACUAACACCUCGGACAUGUCUUCUUUCAGUAAUCUCUUGGACUUGAUUUACCCCGCUCUUUAUAUUGCCGACAAUUCUGGCCGUACGGUUCUACAUCAUAUUGCUUUAACCGCUGGAAUCAAAGGACGCAGUGACGCCUCGCGGUACUAUCUGGAAACCCUUCUCGAAUGGGUAGUUCGGCGAGGUGAAAACAGCAAACAGAACGCUUACAGUCUUCGUCGGGUAAUUGAAGAGCUUGUGAAUGUCCAGGAUUAUUACGGGGAUACUGCUUUGAAUAUUGCUGCUCGUAUGGGCAACCGAGCAAUUUACAGACAGUUACUUGAUGUUGGGGCAAACCCGAACAUCUUUAACCGUGCCCGUUUGCGACCGUUGGACUUUAUUAACCUGCAGCCCAACUAUGCAGUACCCGCGGUCACUCAAAUCACCAGCGACGGGAAGGUAAUUGCUGGUCUUGAUGCCAAAGCGCGGUCAGAAGAGUUGCCAUUGACCAGCGCAGCUCUCUCUGGAGUUGAGAAACGCAAAGAACUACGCGAUAUGGUCGGAGACCUGCUUGGGUCGCUCGAGCGUGAUUUCGAGAGAGAAAUGUCUUCAAAGCAACAGCUUAUUGAUAGUGUCCAUGCCCAAUUGAAUGAAGCCACUCAGCGUUUGAACAAAGUUAAAGCAGAAGUCAGCGAGGUCAAGGGAGUCAAAGAGCGUAUCAAUACUCUCGAAACCGCUUAUUCUACUCUCGAAGAUGUUAUUAAUACCGAAGAAAAGAAAUUUUCAGAACAAGAACGUCGCGAAGGCCGCCAGGUUGUUGGGGUUGACGAUCGUAAUUGGGAUGCCGACCAGCCAUUCCGCGUGGACAUGGAAGAAGAGUAUCCCCCUAUAUUGCUAAAGGCUCGGAUCAAUGCUUACCGAGCUAACGAGGACAAGUUGAUUUCUUUGCGGAACCAACUCAAACGCCGAUCCACAGUUCUAGAGGACAAGUUCCGGGAGGUUGUGUCACUCUGUACUGGUGUCGAAGUGAGCCAAGUCGACACGCUACUGGAGGGUCUCGUUCAAGCAGUGGAAAGUGACACUGGAAGUAUCGAUUCUAGCCGGUUGUCGCUUUUCUUGAACAAAAUAGACAGCCUUCCAAAUGGCGUGCAAACUGGUACAAAGAACGAGGAAACAGAAGAAAAACCUACAGCGAUGUCCACAAACAACAGCAAGAAUUCUGCCGCCGCUGCUGCUGCCGCUGCUGCCGCCGCUGCUGCCGCCAACGCUGCCGCCGCCGCAUCUACUCCAUUAGCGGAGUCUGCUCACACUGAGCCGUCAGCCGCCUAA